AUCGUCGUUAUUGUACAUAUAGCGUCAGCGUAUAUACGUACAGCUUUUAGACGCGUCGUAGUUGGUCGUAGUGUCAAAAAAUAUCACGAUGUAAUUCCUCCAAACCAUCGCAUUGCCUUUACCGGACGUUUCCUCGGUUGUAUGCGUGUGUGUGUGUGUACAAACAUACAUGUACGAACGAUGAGUCAUAUCGCUGUCAUUAACCUAACAAAAGGUUUAUACCAUUAUUCACGGAUCAAUGAUGGAAAUCGAUCACGAAAAGCGCUUAAAAUCUGAUGCCGAUAAAAAAAUGUUUAAUUGAGCGAUGGGCAUUGUUCGUUCUAUGUGUUUACUAUUAUAAUUUACAUUUGCAACGAUGGAGAAGGAAAGAUUCACCAUGCUUCUUUUGGAACCAGGAGAAAUAUUCUUCGAAGAUUAUAGCGUUCAAACGAAGGUGUUCGACGUUUCCCGGUCGGAGGAACAAAAAUGGAUAGACGGUAGAUUGAAACUAUGCUCCAAGUCUCUAGUGUUCGUGAACAAGGAUAUUAAUCAGCCUUUGAUUAAGAUUCAACUGAAAGAGGCAACCGCUAUUGAUCGAUGUGAAUCUUGUAGGGACAUGGCAAAAGCUGGCAACGUAUUAUCGGUCGAAUGUAAACAGUACGUGAAAAUGUUGGAGAAAAAUAUAUUAGCACCGUACGAAUUCGUUCAUCAGGCUACCACUUUCCACUUCUACUUGAAUUAUGCGAACGUGGACGACUGUCUCCCACAAAUUUUACAGUUAUUCAGAGCAGCCACUUUGCCAACUGCUGAGCAGAAUGGGAUGAUCAUGGCUAUCGUGCAUUCUCGGCAGUCCAGAGUAUCAUUCGACACGUCGUGGUUAGAAGAUCUGUACGAGCAAGUCGUACUGGAGACUCAAGCGAACAAAGUAUUGCCUCUGGUCAUAAAUCCCGGAAGAAUACUUCUGACGACUGCAAGAAUCUAUUUUCAACCUUACAACAAUUUAGAUCAACAUCCGGUCCUAAAGAUACAGUCGAAGGACGUCGUUAAUAUAAUUAAAAGGAGAUUUCUGUUGCGACAAAUUGGACUCGAAAUUAAUUGGUCGAAACAACCAGAAAAUAAAGUUGAACAUUUGUUUGUAUCGUUGAAAAAUCAAAACGACAGGGAUCAAUUGUACACGAGUUUACUGAGUCAGCCGACAGUUUCUUUGGACCGAGUACCUCAGGAUCAAAUGACCAUAAGAUGGCAGAAUGGUACUUUGUCGAAUUACGAUUAUCUUCUGUACAUUAACAGUCUGGCGGAUAGAACGUUUCACGAUUUGACGCAAUAUCCAAUCAUGCCGUGGGUACUGCAGGAUUACACGUCGGACACUUUAGAUCUGAACGAUCCUACCAUUUAUAGAGAUCUUACGAAGCCUAUCGGAGCCCUCGAACCGAAUCGGUUAGAGAGAUUGAAGGAGCGGUAUUUGGAAAUGUCGGAACCAAAGUUCUUGUACGGCUCUCACUACAGCACGCCCGGUUUUGUACUAUUUUAUUUAGUACGGAAAUAUCCCCAGUACAUGCUAUGUUUACAAAACGGAAGGUUCGAUCAUCCGGAUAGGAUGUUCAAUAGUGUAGCUGACGUAUGGAAAAAUGUUUUGGUGAACAUGUCUGACUUUAAAGAACUGACCCCGGAAUUUUAUGACACAAACAAUGGUGGUGAUUUUUUAGUGAAUAGUUACGGUAUUGAUUUCGGUUAUCGACACGAUGGAACAAAAAUAGGAGAUGUACAAUUACCACCGUGGGCGAACGGGCCGGCUCACUUUGUACAAGUGUUACGAAAUGCUAUGGAGAGUGAAUACGUGUCUCGAAAUCUGUGUCACUGGAUCGACUUGAUUUUCGGCUAUAAACAAAGAGGAAUCGAAGCAGAGAAAGCUGACAAUGUAUUUUUUCAUUUGUGCUACGAAGGAGCAGUAGACCUAGAUACGAUUACAGAUAUUAACGAUAGACACGGUAUGGAGGUGCAAAUCAUGGAAUUUGGACAAAUACCAAAACAGAUAUUUACUUUACCACAUCCAAAGCGUUCUGUAUUUAAUCUAGAGAAAUUGUGUCGUUCGAUCGAAACGAUUCCAACGUCGUCCUUGUCGUCGUUUUCAUCGGUGGCGAUUGAAAGUAAAACAGAUGGUCAGAUCGAAGAAAAUCUACCUACUACAACCAACAGUUUUCAGUUGCGAGAAUUAAUGAGAUUUCAAUCCCAUAAAGAAAGUGUCAGCAGCAUCGUUACUGUAACGAAAAACAGUGAGGAAAUGAACCAAGUGAUAUCGGUCGGACAAGACGGAAUGCUCAAAUUGUACAGUGUAAAAAGUAAAAAAUUAACACGUAGCAUAUCUUUGUCGUCGUUGCCGCUUUCGUCGUGCGUAUCGUAUUAUACGUCUUCUGAUCGGAACAUAUUGGUCGCUGGUUCCUGGGAUAAUUCGCUAAUAUUUUACGACAUCGAGUUCGGUAGAGUGAUAGAUACGUUGCAAGGUCACGAAGACGCUGUUUCCUGUUUAGCAUUAAGUUCUGAUCGUAACAUUAUCAUCUCUGGUUCGUGGGAUUGUACAGCCAAAGUUUGGCAGAGCUAUACUUCCGGGUCGAAGAUCAAACCCGCCGAGUGCCUUAUCGCGCAAUUGGAUCAUGACUCGAAAGUGACCUGCGUCGGUAUAUCAGGAGAUGAAACGUUACUAGUAUCCGGUACAGAGGACGGAGAAGCUUUUUUAUGGAACAUGGAUACGUACAACUUGGAAUUCAACGUGAAAGCGCACGCUCGCAGGAUAAAUGCGAUGGUAUUUGAUGAACAAGGAAAGAGCAUUAUAUCUUGCGGCGAGGACAAAAUAUUGAAUGUAAUCGAUGUUCAUACGAGUAGCAUGAUUUAUCGUACAACCCUGGAGCACGAGCCCUUGACGUUGAUGUGGUUCGACACAUUUUUAUUGAUAGGCGAUAGAAAUGGUAACGUUAACGUGUGGAGCGGUCAGGGUGGAAUUUUUGUUACGCAAAUACAUUGUCACGAUGGACCAAUCGAUGCAUUAUCCGCAGAAAAUAAUAUAGUUUUAACCGGUGGAAGGGAUAGGAAGAUCGUCGUCUGGGAGUGUAAACACGUGUAAUUUUUUUCGUUGGCCUUCGUGCGACUACGACGCGACCGUGUGAUUUUUCGCUUUUCUUUGUUCGCGAUUCACGAUCAAAAAACGGAUUAAGAUUCGCGUGGACGCGGUAAAAAAGGCAAUAAGAAAAAUGUAUUUAAUAUAAAAGAUCGGUAAGAAAUCGUUGAAACGGCCAUUGUUGUCCACAGUCUACAGACCGUUGCAUGUUUAUUACAAUAUUUUUCAUCAUGUUAUAUUGUAUCGUUAUACAUAUGGUUUAACUUAAACAAUAAAAUUCACAAGGUUAAAUGUUAAA